AUGGAGACUGCAAACGCCAAGGGCCGACUGUUAGACCUCUUUGGACAACAUGCAGUGAAAUUCGACGUGCUUGCGGAGGGUGGGCAGUUUCGUGCCACAGCUCAAGUUGGUCAGUUGGAGCCGCUCUCCGGCUGUCUCUCCUCAAACAAGUUGGCGGCACAGCAGAGCGCCGCUGAGGUGGCUCUGCGCCAUGUACUCUCUCAUCCAGAGCUGGUUCCACAAGAGUCACCUCAUGAUUUCAAAGGGCAGCUGGCGCGGCUGCAACAGCCUUCAGGCAACAUCGCGUCCUACAAGACGCUGUUGUCCGAAAACGGCGGCUUUAUUUCCACUCUGGCCCUCGGAAACCGCACAGUUCAGUCCCAACAACUGGGACGGAAAAAGGUUGAUGCGGAACAAUUUGCUGCCAAAGCCUUUUUAGAGACCUUGGAUUCUAAUGACAGGGCAAACGCCAAUGGUAGUGCUGUUCGCACGGCCUAUCCAGCUGGAACCAUGGCGGAACAAUCGGAGCAUCCACUUCUUCCGGACCAGCUGCCGACUGAGGCUGUGGAUAAGGAGCUGCAGAUGGAGGCCGUGCGGCAGCAGUUUGAGGAGCACGCGAAGCUCAAGCUGCUCUUGCAGUCCAAUCCCGCCUACGAACAGAUCCGAGGUAAUUUUGCACAGUGCAUCAAGACAGCUUUCCAGGAUGGUUUGAUUGGCGAAGAAGAGAAGAAGCAUCUGCAAGCCAUAAAUGGCCGUGGGAACUGUGCAAAGCACUGCCCCGAAAAACUGCAGCCUAAGGAGCCACCCCAAGAACAGUUUGCAUCGUCAGUUUCAGCUGAAAACGUGGAAAUCCUGACCAGCCUAGAUGAGAUGGACUGA